GCAAAGGUGAAAUAUACUUGAAGAGAAACAAGAGCAUGUUCCUGACCUGCACAGAUCUAUAAGUCUGUAGUGAUAGUAAUAGCACCACCUACUGGCAAGCUGAGAUUCUACGGAAGCCCUCGAAUGCAACACGCAGCCCAUAGAUACAAACAACAGGAGUUCAGUUUACCCUAGAAACCAUGGAGAACAUGGAAGUGACAGAAAAACAGGAAGAAGAACUUCUCUCCAUCCGAAUCCAGGAGAUCAGGAGUUCCAAUGAAGCCCUCCUGACAGAGAACGAGAUGUUUGAGAGUUUCAUCGGCCGUUUGAAUCCACUGGACCUGGAGUCCCUGGCCGGGGGGGAGGGCACGGAGGGAUCGGUAGCCUCUCUGAUGGAGGGGGGGGGAAGGAGAAGGAGGUCUCGUUCCUCCACAUCAGAUCGCCCCCUGCAGCUGACCCUGGAACACAAACUUUUUAUUGCACAGAGUGAAAUUAAGGCUACACAACAAGAUCGUGAGAAUCUCAAACGGAGAAGUGAGUUAGUCCAGGACAACUACAAGGCCUCCAUGGAAGUGUCUGAAAUGUGUCUGGCAGAGAUCAGGAAGGCCAAGAAAGAGUUUGAAUGUAGAAUUCUCAAACCUAUGAAGGACACGAGUCUGGAAAUGAAGGACCCAGAGAAGGUGCUGCAGUGCCUCAGAGACAAGUCGAAGGACAACCAGCUGGAGAAGUUACAUCUGAAGAUCCAAGCACUGAAGCUCGAGGAGAAGAAGCUCCAGCAGAAACUGCAACUCAGUAAGGAAAUGGGAAAAGCUGAGUUCAAGAAGGAAAUCAUCCAGGAGAAGAUAGAACAAAGAUCCGACAAAAAUCCAGACGAACUCAAAGUCAAAAGUUUGACAGUGCAGCGUAUCCUCAGUUCACACAAGGAGAAGCUGCACAGUGCGACAAUGGAGUUGAAAGAGUUGAACCAUGAGAUCAGCAACAGGGAGCAGAUGCUGGUCAGACUUGAUGCUGACAUACAGCAUGCUGAAGAGAAGCGUUCGAGCGCCGAGGCCCUGAGCCAACACCUGCGCUGCCAGAUGGCCGACUAUCAAGCUCCUGAUGUCCCUGAGUACAUGCAGGUCAAAGCCAAACACAAGAAGCUCCAGCAGAGCAUCCACACUUGGGAGCGGAAGGUUACGAUUGCUGAGAUGGCCUUGAAGACUCAAACUAAGGCAAGGGCCAAACAGAGAGGUGCUCUCUCUCCUGCAGACAGCACUGCAGCUGGAGCCGGUUCUGGAGGAGACCUUGUCCCCCGGUAGAGCUGCUGCACAUAGCAGAACACGAGAGAGGCAGAGAAUCAGACGACCGAAUGAAUGAAGGAGGGAAACUUAGCAAAUGAUUUGUGUUUGUGAUAUUAAUGAUGCAUCUUCAAUUUGAUUUGUUGCGACCAUUUGAUAUUUUCUUGUAAUAUUGGUUUGACUUUACAGAAAGAAAAAUACACAUGUGGGUUUGAAGGUUCCUGAUAUCUAAUUUAUAUUUUAGUCAUAUGGUCUAAAUUUUACGGAAGUCCUGUAAAUGUUAAAGCUCCAUUUUAUCCAAUUCCAAUAAAUAAUUAAAAUGAU